AUGGAGGAUGAAAAGCAAGCUACUGCUGAAUCCUCCACCUGUUCCCCAGCUCCACCUCUGUUGGCAUUUGCCCCUCCAGUUGGGUCUGCCUCACCAUUAUCCACCUCUUCUAUGGAUGCUUUUGUCAACCCAGCUAUUGUUUCGCCUUCCUCAGCUCAUGCCCAUUCAUUUGGGUCAGUCCUAGAUCCAUCGGACUUGCAGCAAAGUGUUUCACCUCACCCAUCCACUGCCCAGUUCCUCUCACCAGCUUCCCCCACUAGCUUGGCUGAACUUCCAUAUAAUGGCCACUCUAACUCGGUCAAAGGAAAGUGUUCGUAA